GGGCCGCCCGGCCCCGCCGCACUCGCCGCGGAGACCGAGGGGAGCGGAGCCGCAGCCCCCAGCGCCAUUGCCGCCCUCAGCCCGCCAUGGCAGGAGCCGUUGAUGGGAACGCCCCGCUGACAUCCCAGCUGGAUUACUGAGCUCCUGUGUGACUCCUGGAGCUGCUGCUGCUGCAAUAAGGAGCCAUCCUUCGCUCUUGGCCUGGCCCAGAGGCACCUCCUGGGUGCUGCAUGCAGGUGCUGGACGUGCUGGAGCCCAUGGGGAUUGGCAAGAACACCACGUCCAAGGCGGUGGAGGCGGGAGGCUCCACGGAGGGCAAAUACGAGGAUGAGCCCAAGCACCCAACCUUCUUCACCCUGCCCGUUGUGAUAAAUGGUGGAGCCACGUCCAGCACUGAUCAGGACACAGAGGACACGGAGCUCAUGGCCAUCUACACCACGGAGAAUGGCAUAGCAGAGAAGAGCUCCCUGGCAGAGACCCUGGACAGCAGUGGCAGUUUGGAUGCCCAGAGGACUGACAUGAUUUACACCAUUGAAGAUGUUCCUCCCUGGUACCUCUGCAUCUUUCUGGGCUUGCAGCACUACCUGACGUGUUUCAGCGGGACCAUCGCCGUGCCCUUCCUGCUGGCCGAUGCCAUGUGCGUGGGCUUCGACCAGUGGGCCACCAGCCAGCUCAUCGGGACCAUCUUCUUCUGUGUGGGCAUCACCACCCUGCUGCAGACCACCUUCGGCUGCAGGUUACCCCUGUUCCAAGCCAGUGCUUUUGCGUUCUUAGCACCUGCCAGAGCAAUUCUCUCUCUGGAGAAGUGGAAGUGCAAUAACACAGAUCUGACAGUUGCAAACGGAACAGCAGAGCUGCUGCACACGGAGCACAUCUGGUACCCCCGGAUACGAGAGGAGCUAGGAGCAUCACCUCGUGGCGCACCAACCCUUGCCGUUCGAUCUGAGAGCUUAAAGAUCCAAGGUGCCAUCAUCAUGUCUUCGCUGAUCGAGGUGGUGAUCGGGCUGCUGGGGCUGCCCGGGGCCCUGCUGCGCUACAUCGGCCCACUGACCAUCACCCCCACCGUGGCCCUCAUCGGCCUCUCGGGCUUCCAGGCUGCUGGGGAGAGAGCUGGCAAGCACUGGGGCAUCGCCAUGCUGACUAUUUUCCUAGUAUUGCUGUUUUCCCAGUAUGCCAGAAAUGUCAAAUUUCCCUUGCCCAUUUAUAAAUCCAAGAAAGGAUGGACAGCAUACAGGCUGCAGCUUUUCAAGAUGUUCCCUAUCAUCCUGGCCAUCCUGGUGUCCUGGCUGCUGUGCUUCAUCUUCACGGUGACGGACGUGUUCCCCCCGGACAGCUCCAAGUACGGCUUCUACGCGCGCACGGACGCGCGCCGCGGCGUGCUGCUGGUGGCCCCCUGGUUCAAGGUGCCCUACCCCUUCCAGUGGGGCCUGCCCACCAUCUCGGCGGCGGGCGUGAUCGGCAUGCUGAGCGCCGUUGUGGCCAGCAUCAUCGAGUCCAUCGGCGACUACUACGCCUGUGCCCGGCUCUCCUGUGCUCCUCCUCCUCCCAUCCAUGCCAUCAACAGGGGGAUUUUCAUCGAGGGCCUCUCCUGUGUUCUGGAUGGAGUCUUUGGGACAGGGAAUGGAUCCACCUCCUCCAGCCCCAACAUUGGGGUCCUGGGCAUCACAAAGGUUGGGAGCCGCAGGGUGAUCCAGUACGGAGCAGCCUUCAUGCUGCUGCUGGGCAUGGUGGGCAAGUUCAGCGCGCUCUUCGCAUCGUUGCCCGACCCCGUGCUGGGGGCUCUCUUCUGCACCCUCUUCGGGAUGAUCACGGCCGUGGGUCUGUCCAACCUGCAGUUCAUCGAUCUCAAUUCUUCUCGGAAUCUCUUCGUGCUGGGAUUUUCCAUCUUCUUUGGGCUCGUCCUCCCCAGCUAUCUCAAACAGAACCCCCUGGUCACAGGAAUAGCAGGCAUUGACCAGGUGCUGAACGUCCUGCUCACCACAGCCAUGUUCGUCGGGGGCUGCGUCGCCUUCGUGCUGGACAACACCAUCCCAGGAAGCCCUGAAGAAAGGGGAAUCCGGAAAUGGAAGAAAGGGGUCGGUAAAGGAAGCAAAUCCCUGGAUGGCAUGGAGACGUAUGAUCUGCCUUUUGGCAUGAACUUCAUUAAAAAAUACAGGUGUUUCAGCUUCCUGCCCAUCAGCCCCACCUUUGUGGGAUACACGUGGAAAGGCUUCAGGAAAAGCAGUAACUGCAGGAGUUCAGACGAGGACUCAGAAGCUACAGUAUAGCCUUAGCUGAAAUUAUAUUACCUAGUUGUAGUCAAAGAUGUAUUUGCAGUUUCUUGCUGAUUAAGAAGCAUUAAAAUAUAUGUUUUGUAUAUCUGCAUUUAAAUUCUGGAACCAGAGCUGAGACGGAUUUAAAAAAAAAAAAAAACAAAAAAAAAAAGCUUUUCCUGCUGUGGGUGGUGGGAGCCAGGUCUAGUGUCUCUGGGGCAAAUCCUGCUGAUUUUGGGAAGUUGGAGAGAGCUGUGCACCUAACUGUUUGGUUUUAAAUGGUUUUAGAUGGAGGUGAGGAGGGAGGUGCUGCUGCACAUUUUUCGUUUUUAUGGUGGUUUUAUUGAAGCCCUCAGUGUUGGUUACGCCAGGAAAGCUGAACCUUGGAGAAGGAGAGGGAGGGAAAAAAAGAGAGAAAAGGAAAAAUAUUUCCUUCUGAUCAUGUCAAAUGCCAUGGAUGAUGUUCUGCUGCUCAGUGGUUUGCACAUUCCAUGUUCUCAGCGCCCUGGAAACCGGGCUCAGCUGAUGCUGGCAAAUCAUGAGAGUUUCAUUCUGAAUUAUCUGUGGUUCCAGUGACACAUGCAGUGCUCAGACAGGAAGUUUCUGGAAUAACUUUGCCUUUGAAAGCCGUGAGUGGCUGGGCUGGCUCAGUUCUACUGACAGCUUUGUCAUUUCUGAGCAUUUGCUUUCCCCAGCAGCAUUUCCUUAUGGGGACACAUGAGCCUGGGGAGUUCCAAGGAUGGGAAACCUGAACUCACACAGGACCUGGAGGCAGCGUUUCGGUUCAGUGCCUGUGUCCAGCAGCAUGGUUCCUGGCCAGAAAUGCUAAUUAGCUGAGCAGCUCCAAGCAAUUAACAGUUGCUCCCUGCAGGGAAAGCCACGUGCUCCAGGCGCUUGGCUCUGAGCAGGGUUUUUUGGUUUUUGUUUUUUUUUUUUUUUGCUGAUGGCUCGCUCUUCUCCUCUUGUGGGGCUUCUCCAGAGGCUGAUUCCUGCUGGGAAGGGGGUUUGGGACAGCAGAGACACUGCACCUGCAGCCUCACCCACCGGAUGGGUUCACGGGUAUUGGGUCCAAUCAGGGCACCGCUCAGAUUAUUCAGAUUAUCUUUUUUUGUUUCCUGGAAUAGUCUCAGCUCUGCUGUUAUGUGGGUGUUCACGCUCAUCAUGCAUUCAUGAUUAACAGUUUUAUUCCUGUUUAAUGUUCUUACUAUUGCAAGUUAGUUUUAGACUUCAGUGUGGCCCCAAAAGCAUUUUCAGCUGUGGAGAUCAUCAGGGAAAUGUUGUGUAAUGUAAUUUCAAGGCCAGUAAUGCUCUACGGUGCUUGCGUUUUGUAUUCCUGGAAAACCAUACCAGUAGAUCCUGUAACCCUCUGAUCUAUUUAUCCAAGUUUGACUACUGGACAGGAGCACAGGAGCUCUGUUUUCUCUGAGUCUGCUCCCAGGGGAAUUUGUUCUGGGUUAUUGAAGCAUGGACGGGUUGGGGUGGGGAGGGCAAGGACAGAGCUUGACGGAUCAGUACUGAGUAGUGUAGAGUGGGAAUGAUUCCGUGGAUAUCGUUCUCAGCAUGCCAUGGCUGUUUCCAGAAACUGUUUUCCCCCGCUUUUCCCGUGUCCAAGCAUGCCUUUGUUCCUGCUUCCCUCGGGGAACUUUCAGUAGUUUGCAGUCUUGGUGUCAGUGGGACUCGGAGCUGGUUGGAAGAGUCAUUGUGUAGUAGACGAGGUUGGUUUGCCUGUGAAACAAAAGUCAUUUUUGCUCAUUUUUCAGUGUUUCCUCUCCAGGGAGCGAGGUGUCGGAUCCCCACACCCACUGCACGCGGUUUGGGUGUGGGCACCUCCAAUCAGUGGCACAGAGCUUCCAAAUCCCCCAGCUUCCUGUGCAACCAAAGACGCGUGGCAGGCGCGGAGGGGUUAAAAAUACCCAUCCAGAAGGAGAACAAAAGCCAUCUCUGGUGGCUGUGCAGCCCGAGGGCUUGUGGUGAUGUCACAUGCCAAAGUUGGUUAUCCUGUAAAAGUGGAGAAAGGGAGGAAAAGCUUUUUAAUUUCCAGCUAACUCCAGAGCAAGGAGGGGAUGGGAGCAGUUUGUCUCUCUCACCCCACUGAGGGAAAUCCGGGUGAGUUCUCAGUGGAUGUUCCCAAGACACUCCAAGUCCCAGGGCAGCAAAUCCUGGAUAAAUUCUCUCUCCUCCCUGGAGCAGAACUCCCCUCCUUCCCCACAGCACUCUCCAGGCAGGUGCAGUCCAGUUUUCUGUUGGAUUUAAUUCUUUUUGUGGUUCAUGCCCAUUCCCCCGGCCCCUGCCCUUGGGAGCAGCUGGAAUUGGGGUCAGUUUGGAUCCCAGCUGGGCAGGGGGGACAAAUCUCCACCCUGUCCCAGGGUGAAGGGUUAAAGGUGAGCCCCGGGCUCUGGAAGGACCCCUGGGUGUACAGGAAGGGCUGGGCUGGGGUGAGGCUGGGAAGUUUGAGGUGAGUUUUGGAGAAAGGAGCUGCCCUGUCCCAUCCUGGGGCUCCUGGAGCCCCCCAGGGGAAGGAGAGCAGUGCUUUUCUUUGGGGGUGAAAUCCCUGAGUUCACCCCGGGUUUGUGCAGGUGCAGGGGGGAUUUUGGACCUUAAAUCUUCCCCUUCUCCUGGUCCCUUCUCCUGGUCCCUUUCCCAAGUGGCUGCUGUGAAAUUCCAAAUUCCAGGGGUUUGGGUGCCCAUGCCCAGCUGCUGGCAGAGGUGGAGAGAAUGGAGCUGCAGGUUUGGGGAGCAUUAAAUUCCAAAUUCCGGGGGUUUGGGUGCCCAUGCCCAGCGGCUGGCAGGGGUGGAGAGGAUGGAGCUGCAGGUCUGGCGAGAAUUAAACAUGAAUUGUGUGUGCCGGGGCCGUCCAGGUGCGACCUGACUGCCAAUGCAAUGCUGGAUUUCCCCCUCUCUCCUUCCCUGCCUUUUCCAACAGCCAAACUCCGAGUACCCAGGGAAGGUGGCAGCUGAGAGGUGAGUGAAGAGGUGAUGAGAAGUUUCAACCAGAUUUGGAGAGGGAAGGGCAAAUAUUCAUGGUAGAAAUCUCAUUUUGUCAUAUCAGAGGUGGCAUCAGUGUAUACAAACAAAGUAACUUGGGAUUUUUGUAAUUGAUAUUCUCUUGUAUUUUUUUUAGGUUCAAUUAAGGGUUCUUGCUGACAUGUUGAAACACGUUUUCUAAAGCAAAUACUUGCAAAUUAUGCCUAUAGAAAUUUAGGUUUCGUAGCUGACAGCUAUGACUGAUCAACGUUGUCAUAUUGGAGGGACUUCACCACGUACCUCGCUCAGAAAGCUCAACCUUUUCAACCCCAAAUUUGCUUUUAUUGCCUUUUAAUACUGACUUGAAAUAUGACAACUUGGUUUGUACAUGAAUAUUGCAGUAUUUUAUUUCCAUAUAUUAAGAAAAUAACAUUUCCGCUCAGGAUGACGGCGGCGCUUUUCCUGGGAGGGAGUGGUAUGAGUGUCAUGACAAUGUCAUGUGAUGGUAGAAUUUCUUCAUUGACGAAUCUAUAGUGGUUGUGUAUACUUUAUUUACCCAUCUUUGUGUUCCUACCCAAAACUGGAGGCUUUUGUUUCCUCCCUGCUGAGCCCUUCGGGGCACAGAAUUGGAGAAGAACCCUCAGCGGGGUGCCCCAGUGAGCGUGACCCGUCACCUACACCCCAAAAGUGUGGAAAUCCUGACGUUUUGGGCAUAGACAGCGCUGCAGGCACUCGUGCUGGCAGACCCCCGUGUCUGCUGCUCGGGCUGAGCCCUUGGCUGCCUCGCCCCACCUGAGCAGCCCGUGCUUGCAGGGCUGAUGUGUGAGACCAGCACGACCUCCACCUUGCUUCUUCGUGGCCUUCUUCAACCAAAAUCGGCUUUUUUCUCCCCUUUUCCUUUCCUUUUCCGAAGCAGGGCCGGUGGGGCGGGGGGGCACUCCUUUUUUGCAGUUUGUGUUUUUGGGGAGCUCCGGGUCCUGGAGGGGCUCCCAGGGCUGGCUGAGAUUUGGGAUGGGUGUUGGAGCCACCCCAAGCGUUCCUGGCUGGAAUUCCCGCUAGGCUGGGGCUGGGCAGUGACAUCCAGGGCGGCCUCUGCCCUUCCCGUGCUGCCAGCCCCAAUAAUUCCUGCGUUUGUCUGUUCAGAACAACCUCUGGCGUAACAAACUAUUGACUGUUCUUAGGCGGUGGGGAUAAAUUUCAUUUUUUCCAUGACUUUUCAUGACUGACUUUGGCUGUAAAACUUUUUUGUUCAGCAGCAAAAGUUUAUUUUGGGGAGGGUUUGUUUGUUUUUUUUUUUUUUUUGUUUUGUUUUUGGUUUUUUUUUUUUUUUUUUUUUUUGUUGUUGUUGUUCUUGUUCCAAGAUGUGUAAUUCUUUCACGGAUAUUUUUUUUUUUUUAUUCCUUUUUUUUUUUUCUAACAUUGCUUCAUUAAAAAACUAAAUAUUUAAAAUGUAAUAUUUGGACCAGAUGUUGUGAAUAAUAGUAGAUAAAGCUAUUUUAUUCUGUAUUUUUAAAGCUGUUCAGUAUAAAUAAAUGCGGGCAUAGAUGCA